ACAAGAAGUGUAGGCUAGAACAAAAUUAUCAAUUGUCAACAAUCUUUUAUUUGGCGAGAAGUUUGAUGUUGAUAUUAUUGACGUCUAUUUAAGGUGAGGCACUUGGAUGCCGGGCAAGAAAAGUUUGUAAAAAACUGAAGACAACAAGUUUACUUUUAAACAAGUUUGAUUGAUCAGCUGAAACCAUGGGUUGCCGAUACACAUUCACAGGCUGUAUGUCUGUGUUGGCCAAGGUGCUCUGCAUUGCUGUACUCGUUCUACAGUCUGCUCUCUUAGACUACAUCAUCAUCAAACUGGAUACCAAGGCCUCUACCGCUGGACGAUAUGUCUGGAUUGCUCUAGAUUCGAUCGUUGUUAUCUUCUGGAUCAUCGCCAUGGUGUUUUCUUACAGAUUUUUUAAUAAACCCCGCCCAAAGAAAGUACCAGAAGAAGGAUUCAGUGGCAAAGACAUCAUCAAGACGGCUCUCCUCAAGGAACUACCCUUUUCUUACGUCUCGUGGCUUCUGUAUUCCAUCGUCCUCGUGGUGAAAAUCAACCGAAUGUUCUUUUCUUUUGCGGAGAAGCUAACAUCCCAGGAUGAGACUCUACUAUCCAACACCUCUCUGAAGAUAAUUCUAUCUCUAGCCGGAGUCAUCUUUGCUUUGCUUGCGUACGCUCAUCACGAUGAAGCGCACAACACAAAAUAUAAGCUGUUGAUCGAGAAACUUGGAACUGCCGUUAGUAUAGACCUUCUGGACUGCAUUAUGUUACUGGACAUUCUAUUUGUGGUUGACAACGGCAUCCAGUUAACAUUCAGGUUUGAUCAUGUCGUACGAGCAUUUUCCUCAAUCUGUAUCCUAUUGCCGGUCUUCCCUCUUCUUGCUCUGCGGGUUAUGUCGGCGACUGCGACGGCCAAGAACGACAAGAUCUUUUCUCUUGUGAUGGUGUUGAACAACAUCCUUUACAUAGUCUUGGUUAACAUCCCACUACUUGGCAUCAGGUUGUUUCUAUGGUUCCACCACGAUGUGGACGUCACAACUUUCCUGACUAAGAACGUGAUGGCAAUCUUCAAGGGGCUUCUAGACAUCUACAAGGAGUUAAUAGAAUGGAGGCGGAGCACUUCUCCACAAGAGAUCGUUCAGAUGGAGCCUGUUGGAGUUUAAGUGAAAAGGAUCUGUAAGGAGCAAAAUGCUAGUAAAACAAAUAUUUUUUUAUCAAAUUGCAUGACUUGUAAAUAGUUUGAUAUUAAUUGCUUUCAAUAAUUGCGAAAAUUAGUAUAGGCCCUAAUUCAAUAUCUUCAUUCUUUUACCUAACAGCAAUACCGGGUAUGAUGCACAAAGUUUUAAAGGUUCAAGAAAACAAUCAUUUUUCCUUUGAAAUAAUUUUUAAACAUUUUUUCAUUUAAAAUUACUAUUGUGCUACUAAAGUGGUCUUAAGUUAUAUCAUGUAUUGCAGUUAUUUGCCUCCAAGU